AUGGUGGAAGAAGACAGGACGGAAACGUUUAUGAAAUCUGUGAUUAUCUCGUUGAUGCUUCCUGACGACCGGUUUGCGCAGUCGAAGGUGGGGGCCAAAAUUCUCGAUGGCAUCAACUAUUUCUUGAAGUUGGCCAUUGCAGACUAUAUGUUGAUGAGAAAUAACGCCAAGGAUAUUAUCAAAAAUUGGGAGAAUCUAGCAUACUUGGCAUUUGAUUCCACACGGUCAUACAACCAUAAAUUCAAUAGGACGUUGCCGGCUUUCCAGACGAUAGUCGACCAGCAGGAUAAUAGAAAGGUGAUGAUCGUCUCCGUCAGCUCAAUACGAGCGACCUCGGCUGGUUGA